GGGCUCCAGAGUAGUAACAAAGCCUGUUCCCGGCUCUCAGACACUUGCUGCUGCUGAGGCUGAGGGAGGAGGAGGGAACCGUCUCCUGAAGAAACCCUGCCUGCAGCACUCAAAACAGAAAGUCCACAUUGUCUUGUUUACAUGGAUACAUGGCACAGAGUGAAGGACACACAGUACAAAGUCAUUGACAGAAGCUGAAAAUGAAUGAAGAUUACUGGUACUUGUGACAUCUUCCUCUCUUGUUUUCCUGACUGAUAUGGGUGGUGUGAUAAUCUGAGAGGCACCCUAAUAGCAUAUUUUUAACUCCCAUCAUCACAAGUCUACAAACCAUUAGAAGAAAUGAUCAGUCAACUACCAGAGGAUCCUGUGGAGUCCCAGGGCUCAGAUGAGCUUGAGUGCAAGAUUUGUUAUAACCGCUAUAAUCAGAGACAGAGGAAACCAAAAGUGCUGGAGUGUUGUCACAGAGUAUGUGCCAAAUGCCUUUGCAAGAUCAUAGACUUUGGGGACUCUCCUCAGGGAGUCAUAGUGUGCCCAUUCUGUAGGUUUGAGACAUGCCUGCCUGAUGAUGAGGUUAGUAGUCUUCCUGAUGACAACAACAUCCUUGUGAAUUUGGCUUGUGGGGGAAAGGGGAAGAAGUGCCUACCAGAUAAUCCUACAGAGCUGUUGCUAACUCCUAAAAGGCUGGCGUCUCUUGUUAGCCCUUCUCAUGCUUCCUCCAACUGCCUGGUUAUAACCAUCAUGGAAGUUCAGAGAGAAAGCCCACAGACUCUGAACUCCACCCCAGUGGUGGAAUUCUACAGGCCCACGAGUUUUGACUCUGUUGCAACUGUAUCCCACAACUGGACAGUGUGGAACUGUACAUCCUUGCUCUUCCAGACCUCAAUUCGAGUGCUAAUUUGGUUGCUAGGUUUGCUAUACUUUAGUUCCUUACCUUUAGGGAUCUACUUACUGGUAUCUAAGAAAGUCACCCUGGGGGUCGUCUUCGUCAGCCUUGUUCCUUCGAGCCUUGUUAUUCUCAUGGUUUAUGGCUUUUGCCAAUGUGUAUGCCAUGAAUUUCUGGACUGCUUGUCUUCUUGAUAACAAAUAUAGUGAAAUAAGAAAUAAGGCACUGCCAUGUUUGUAGAAUAAUUUAUCUUCUAUUGUAUUCCUAUUUAUUAUAUUAUUAAUUAUUAUUAUUAUUUAUUAUUCAUCACACUAAACAGAAGCAGUGGCCACAAUUUUAUGGUCCAUUUAUUUUGUUUUUUAAUUUUGCUUUGAUAUUUAUUAUGCUUUAUUCUACUUGUUCAUUAUACCACUGAAUGGAAAUAAAAUUUACAUGUCAAUUUUUAAAGGUUAAGCUAUAGGAAAAAAAGCAAAAUUACCUAACCUGAUGCUGCUGCUGUUAUUCAAAUAAGUAGCACUUGUCUUCAACUGGAUUAGUCACACGAGUCAGAACAGCAGGAUCAGGCCCUUGGAAGACACUGGAACAUUAUGCAUUCUCCCAGGCAAAGCCCAUAUUAUGUUCUGUUUUGUCAUGUGUUAUGUCUGUUAGUGAAUGAAGUCUCUUUGUUCUUUAUUAUAAAAACAAGACAAGAUACCAUAGGUUCCACCAGCCUUUGCUGUAGCAGAAAUCUUUGUCAGUGAUAAUUCAUUACUGACUUCCCUUUCUCCACUUAAAAGACAGUAGCAUCCUGGGGUAGGGAGAGUCCAGAUGUCAUCUUGUCUUAGUAGAAAUAUCUCUUCAGUGCAUUUUCCCCCCAUACACCCACCAUGCAUGCACUUCUCCUUAUUCUUGCAGUUCCCCUUGAGAUGCCACCCCAAGACACAACCAUGCAUGCUCACUCCCUCAUGAGCACCUUAUUUCCAUGUGCACUCCUUACUGAAAUGCCCAACUCCUUUGGACUUCCCUUCACUUAUUCAAAGUCCUCCUAUGAAUUGCUCUAACCAUGCCCCUUACACCUUCACUUGCCAUGUGCAUUUCCACCUUUAUAAAACACAUUAACCACAUGAGUUCCCCCAGUAAGACACUUGACUAACCUUAUGGAUGCUCACCUUCUGUAGAUAAACAAGAGAACCUCCCUUAGUUCCUUUAGCUGCACGACAGACUUCUCUUCCAUUGGGAGAUAGGCCCUCUAACUUAUAAAUAAUGCAAAUUUAAGAAAAAUUAUAGAUGUGUAUCUGCUUUCUGGUUCCCAAAUUCACAGUGUGAAUAGUGUCAGGAAAUGCUGUGGGUCUAAUAAAUUAUUUCAUUUAGAGCUCAGUCCUGCAAGAUGCUGAACUCCCACUGACUUCACAUAUUAGAGUUGAUGGCAAUCUGCAACUCAAAGGCUCAGGCUCUUACACUGGGUGGAACUCCAUUGACUUUGGUCAUUACUAAUGAUUUACUAGCAUAGUUGCAAACAGAAUCGGAUCCUAUAAAAUUAGGUUGGUUUUUAGUCAGUUUUUUGAACUCGUGGAAGUCCACAAAAAUAAAAAUGAGUGGUUAAUGUUCAAGUGUAUAAAUAAUGCUAGUUGAGAACAUAACUAAGGCUCAGUUCUCCUAUGCACAGCAGAGCCAAAAAUGAAAUGGAAAUAUGUAUCAGUGCAAGCAUAGUUUUGGGACUAUAUGCAAGGUUAGUGCAGCAUAAAGGGGAAAGGUGCAAGUAAUGUAAAGACCAAAUGCACUGCCUAACAAGGGUCUUAAAGCGAAUCCAUGUAAUGCAAGAUGGGGAUAGGACAAGGAAAGCAUAAAGUGGAUUUGUUGCCACCUUAGGUGAUUUGAAAUCGGAUUAGCCCAGUUUGUGAAGAAGAUUCAAAUCACUUCUACAGUUUCAUUCCUAUUAAAGACAGAAAAAAGGUGACAAUUAAAAUGUACCACUUUUCUUCACACUAAGGAAGUGUGUAAUAACACAUAUGUACAAGAAGAAAAGAUGUAGCAGGGUAUAGUUUUUCAAGUAUAUGAGAUUACAGGGUUAUGUAUUCAAUGGUUAAAGGAAAUGUUUUAGUCUUUUCAAUAAUCCAUUACUAAUAAUUAGUGUUACACUAUUUUCAUAUUUCUUAGAAAGGGAUAUUACUAAAUUACUACUUUUAAUGCUUGUGGUAAAGCAUGUGUAGUCAGAUAAGCGGGCAUCUAUAACAUAGGUACAUCACAUGAUAUAACUAAUCCAUAAACUUCAGUAUCCAAACAGAGGCAAAUGUGAGAAAUGUGCACCAUCACCCCGGAAAAAAAAACUAUAUGGUUUUAGAGUAUACAUAAUGUUUCGAAAAUGUGUAUGUCUGUGGCAGGGAUUUACAUAUUUGUAGGGUUUUCCUGUUUAAUUUGUCUGAAUGUAAUAUCUCUAAUAAAUAGGUAGCUGACACAGGAAGAAAUUUCUGCAAAUGUGUACCAUGUAUAUAUGUAUUACAACUGUACAACGUGUUUGCAGUGUUAUCUGGUGUCUUUCCCCGUCUUUUAUUUUUAAAAUUAUUAAUGGUACCC